AGCAACUCCGGCAGCAGUCCGAUAUGAAGACCAUUCUGUGCACCCUCGUCAUCCUGGUCUUGCUGGCUGCGGCCAAUGCUGGCUACUACGGCUAUGGUCAUGGAUACGGCCAUGGAGGAUACAGCCACGCCAUCACUCACCACUAUGACAACCAGAGAGCACACUACGGAUACGGUGGAUACGGCCACGGCUACGGUGGAUACGGUGGAUACGGCCACGGCUAUGGCGGUUACGGCGGCUACGGUGGAUACGGAGGUUACGGACACGGCUAUGGCGGCUAUGGCGGCUAUGGUGGCUACGGCCACGGCUACUAUGGCUAGGCAACUGAACGUCUGACCAAAAAUAUGAAAAACGGACGACAUGUGCGAGCGCAAUAAACAUCUGGUCUUCACCAUGU